CCGUCCCAGUUUGGCUGCUCUGCACCCACAUCUCGUCUUGCGCCUCCUCGUGUCACUGCUUAGUCCAGUCUUUGCAUCGUCGUCGCCUUACGCCUUCAAGCUCCACUCCACACCUGCGCCAUGCAGGCCUCCACGCCUGACGCGCCCGCCGACGCCAUGGCCGGCCGCGCGGCCUCCGCCGCAGCGCAUGCCCCUGUGCACGCCGUCAGUGGCCAUGGGGCGUACGAGGAGAUCGGUGACCCCAACCAUGACCUGCAUUAUGCCACUCCCGCAAUGCCGCACGCGGAUGUGAACAGAGAGGUCGCCUCGGGAGACACCUGGCGCGAGAUUCCCCUCCUCCUCCUCUGGCUCCACAAGGGACUGCUGAUCCGCGGCGACGUCGCAGGCGCCUGGGAAGCCUUUGCACUGGCGGAGCAGGCUUUGGCGCUUGUCGACAAGGCGGAGUACUUCUGGGAGGAGGCCAUCUUCAACGCUGAGUCGGUGAAGCCUACGUACUCGCCGCGCGUCGCCUCGCUGCUGGAGCGCCUCAACACCGACCGUCAGGCCACCAUGCAGGAGGCACGCGACUACGCCUUCGAGGUCAUCAGCGCUGCGCUCCCGCCUGGCCGCGACCGCGCGCCUCUCCAUCUGGCCGACUUCCGCCUCCCCGAGGAGCGCGGCACGCUCAGCCGCCGGCAGCGCUUCGACGAGCUCGUGAAGUCCUUCUGCCAACGCUCAUUCGACAACUUCAUCGCCGCGCUGCACUACUUCGGAGAUGUGGACGGCUAGUCAAGUGCGGCCGUGGCGAGGCUUGCGGGUGGGAGAGAUGCGAUGAGAUGCGAGCAAUGACACCAC